GCGGGAGGCCGAGGGCGGGGCGGCGGCGCGAGCGGCUGCGGCGGCGGCGGCGGCGGCGGCGGCGGCGGCGGUUCCAGCAUGAAGAGGAGAGCUGCUGGCCUGGGGGGCAGCAUGAGGUCAGUGGUGGGCUUCUUGUCCCAGCGGGGCUUGCAUGGGGACCCCCUGCUCACUCAGGACUUUCAGAGGAGACGCCUGCGGGGCUGCAGAAACCUCUACAAGAAGGACCUCCUCGGCCACUUCGGCUGUGUCAAUGCCAUUGAAUUCUCCAACAAUGGAGGCCAGUGGCUGGUCUCAGGAGGAGACGAUCGCCGGGUUCUGCUAUGGCACAUGGAACAAGCGAUUCAUUCCAGAGUCAAGCCCAUACAACUAAAGGGAGAGCACCAUUCUAACAUAUUUUGCCUGGCUUUCAACAGUGGGAACACCAAAGUGUUCUCUGGAGGAAAUGAUGAACAAGUUAUUCUCCAUGAUGUUGAAAGCAGCGAGACCUUGGACGUGUUUGCUCAUGAAGAUGCAGUGUAUGGCUUGUCAGUGAGCCCAGUAAAUGACAAUAUUUUUGCCAGCUCGUCAGAUGAUGGCCGAGUUCUCAUCUGGGACAUCCGAGAGUCUCCCCAUGGAGAGCCCUUCUGCCUGGCAAACUACCCAUCAGCUUUCCACAGUGUCAUGUUUAAUCCAGUGGAGCCCAGGUUAUUAGCCACGGCCAAUUCGAAGGAAGGAGUGGGACUCUGGGAUAUUCGAAAACCUCAGAGUUCUCUCCUGCGGUAUGGUGGCAACUUAUCCCUCCAAAGUGCCAUGAGCGUGCGAUUCAACAGCAAUGGGACUCAGCUCCUGGCCCUUAGGCGUCGCUUGCCCCCUGUGCUCUAUGACAUUCACUCCCGCCUGCCUGUGUUCCAGUUUGACAAUCAGGGUUACUUCAACUCUUGCACCAUGAAAAGUUGCUGUUUCGCAGGAGAUCGUGACCAGUAUAUCCUUUCAGGCUCUGAUGACUUCAACCUCUACAUGUGGAGAAUUCCUGCAGAUCCAGAAGCAGGUGGCAUUGGUAGGGUGGUCAACGGAGCCUUCAUGGUGCUGAAAGGGCAUCGGUCUAUUGUUAACCAGGUUCGAUUUAAUCCCCAUACCUACAUGAUCUGCUCUUCUGGUGUAGAGAAGAUUAUCAAGAUCUGGAGCCCGUACAAGCAGCCAGGAUGCACUGGAGACCUGGAUGGCCGGAUUGAGGAUGAUUCCCGUUGCCUGUACACCCACGAGGAGUACAUCAGCCUGGUGCUCAACAGCGGGAGCGGCCUGUCGCACGACUACGCCAACCAGUCUGUGCAGGAAGACCCCCGGAUGAUGGCCUUCUUCGACUCGCUGGUGCGCCGGGAGAUCGAGGGCUGGAGCUCCGACUCGGACAGCGACCUCAGCGAGAGCACCAUCCUGCAGCUGCACGCCGGUGUCAGCGAGCGCUCGGGCUACACCGACUCGGAGUCCUCGGCCUCGCUGCCCCGCUCGCCGCCGCCCGCCGUGGACGAGCCUGGCGACAGCGCCUUCCACCUGGGGCCCCUGCGUGUGCCCGGUGCCAGCGCCAGCACAGGCGCAGGCGCUGGCGCCACUGCCAACGCCGCCUCCGCUGCCGCCCCCGCCACCAACGCCGCACCCUCGCCCCCGCCCCCGCCGGCCUGCGAAGACGCCACCGCGCGCCAGCAGCGCCUGUCCGCCCUGCGGCGCUACCAGGACAAGCGCCUGCUGGCGCUCUCCAACGAGUCCGACUCGGAGGAGAACGCCUGCGAGGUGGAGCUGGACACUGACCUCUUCCCCCGGCCUCGCUCGCCCAGCCCGGAGGAGGAGUCCAGCAGCUCGAGCAGCGCCAGCAGCUCCGAGGACGAGGAGGAGCUCAACGAGCGGCGCGCGUCCACCCGGCAGCGGAACGCGCUGCGGCGCCGCCAGAAGGCGCCCCGGGAGGAGCGGCCCAGCGCCCCCGCCAAGCCCGCCGACCCCUACGUCGGGGAGGACAACUACGACUACCCCCAGAUCAAAGUGGACGACCUCUCCUCCUCUCCCACCUCCUCCCCCGAGCGAGGCGCUUCGGCGCUGGACGUGCAGCCCAGCCGGGCGUCGCCCACCUCCGACAUCGAGUCGGUGGAGCGGAAGAUCUACAAAGCCUACAAGUGGCUGCGCUACUCCUACAUCUCCUACUCCAACAGCAAGGACGGCGAGAGCUCGCUGACGGCGGCCGAGGCGGACGAGGGCCGAGCGGGGACCAGCCGCAAGGACAGCCCGGCGCCCUCCUCCAGCCAGGAGGCCCGCGCCCACCCGGCCCCGGCGCCCCGCAGCCAGGACCAGCCGCCCGAAGGCUGCGCCAAGGAGGCCUUUCGGGAGGGGACCUGUGCCAGGAACGCCAGCGGUGGCCCCGGCCCCGAGCUCGGCGGCAGCCACCCGCGGGCGGAGGCUCCCGAGGACGCCGCCCCGGACCCCAACAACGGUGGGUCUGUAGAACACGCUUUUGAAACCAAGAAGCUCAAUGGAAAGGCCCUGAGCAAGGCCCUGAGCGGCCGCGCCGAGGAAACGCCCUCUCCCCCUGCUCCCAAGACGUCUGGCUCCGCUGUGGGCAGCGGGGCUGGCAGCUGUCCCAGGACGCAGCCCCAUGACAGCGAGGAGAGGAGCCUCGAGACCAUCUGUGCCAACCACAACAAUGGGCGCUUGCACCCCCGCCCCCCUCACCUCCCCAGCAACGGGCAGAACUUCGGGGAGCAGGAGGCGGCGGCCUGCUCUUCCGCGGGACAUUCGGAUACUGACCAUGAUAACUUGUCCAUGGCGGGGCCCCUCUUGCACAAGGAUUGCUGUGGGUCUGAAAUGGCCUGUGAGGCCCCCAGUGCUGGAACGAGAGAGGACCCCCCGGAGCCCCCAGACACGGACAGCAACAGAGCCGGGCAUGGUCAUAGUGGCCACAAAAGGCACCGAGUUGAAUUGGAAGAUACAGAUUCUGAGAAUUCUUCUUCAGAGAAGAAAUUAAAAACAUGAUAACUACAAAAGGGAAAAUAAAGGGCUGCCCAGAAGGUAGCUUUACAAAAAAACAAAACAAAAAAAAAAAUUCCUGUUUAGUGAACACAGAGAAAAGGAAAAAAAAAAGUAUUAAAGGCACAUAAAACCAGGGCCUGUAAUUCUGUGUUGAUGCUGCUCCCUUCUAUUUAACAAUGGGUCUGACUGUUGAGCUGACCAUUGGCUUGUGCUGUUUUAAUAAAAGUGGGUGGGGGGAAUCCAAGUGACGCCUUUCUAGUGAGACUUGAGCAUAGCGUUACCUGUGCAGAGCCUGUUAAAGUAAAUCCUUGUUGAGAUGUCUGACUUGUUCUUGUGUGUGUGCACUGGCAAGCAUGAGCUCAUUGUCUCAUAGACUUUUCUUUCAGUUCUCCAUCAGAAAGGAUCAGUGGAUCCACAUCUCGCCCUGUUUACAUGCCCAAGGUGUACUGGUCGUAAUGAUGAAUGGCUGCUAAAUCAGAUUGUGCUGCCAGUGUGGAUUUAUGCUGGAAGAAUGGAGAAGAGACCUGGCAGGAAAGCACGGCUCCUUUCCUAAAGGGCCUUGCCAUGUUUUCUCUUCACUGAGCAUUUAACUUAGACAUACUAAAACAUUGUUUUAAAGCUGAUGAGAGAAGUUAGCUCUUAAGAUCAGGUUUAAGAGAAAAUAGUUCCCUGAUAAAUUUCACUGAUUGCACAUUGAGAGUGCACACAUAGAGUAUGGAGACCGUAAAAUAGAACUACUUGUGGGUAACACUGACCAGUUAGGUGCUAGUCCAUAGAUACACGAAGGCUAGCAAUCUCACUCACUCUUGGCCCCUGUGAUGACAUCUGUGUGUUUUGCAAGGAGGAAAAACCACUCUCAAGAUAUCUGUGCUUUAUUUACUCAAGUGGAAGUUCUAGGUGCAGUAAGGAAGGGCAAUGAAAAGCAGAGUGUGCUGUUGUAUUCACUUCAUUCUACCCAGAAGAAUUGGUCAGAAUAGAUGGAUUGGCAUCUUCCCUCCGGCUUACAGUUGAUGGAGACUGUGGUAUUCAGAUUAGAUCUUGCAGGACAGAAGGCAUCUCUAAGUAAAAGAUUCUUAGUUAGUAGGUCUUUUAAUAGGCAGAGGGACAGGAGAGAGAAGUCAGUGGGUUUUUUUUAAUUUUGUUUUUUUUUUUAAUUAUUUUUAAAAUUUUUUUUAGCAUGCUUCCAUUUAUUUCACAAUUUAACUUAGAUCGGGGACAGUUUACUCUUCGUUCAAGUUUUAAAAGUGGCCACCAGCUAAUUCACAUUUCCCAGAUUCGAAAGAGCAGCCUCGGGCUGGGGUUGAAGCAUCCUGCUCGGCCCAGAUGGGCAGCCCCACAGAGGCCCAUGCCCACAGGCCUCUGACUCUGCUUUCCCCGAUAGUCUCCCCUGAGCUGUGUCUACUCAAGGACCACCUGCUUUUCACAGGAGGGAAAUUUGAAGGCUGUGGCUGCGCUCAGAACUUGAGAGGCAAGGCCACAUUUUCCUUGUCCGCCUCAGGACUAUGCUGGAUCGGGGGCGAGGCCAGAUGAUCAGCUGCACUGCCUGGUGGCCGGGCACGGGCUCGUUGCUCCAGGACCACUCCAGGGUGAUGAGGAAGAGGCCGAUGAGGUGCUCGCAGGGUGCCACGAUGAUGAGAGAGACUUCCACGAGGGGAGCACUCUUGACUUAGAUUUCUGGCUCCUAGAAGAGACUUGUAUUUAUUGUGAUAGUUAAAGAUGGAGGGGAGGCAAAAAAAAAAAAAUCGAGAUUUUUUUUUUUUCAGCACUGCAGCGAUGGUUAUAGUCACUUGGUUAUCAGUGCAAGGUGAAACAAGACAGGAAGACCAAUGAAUGACCAGCAACUUUGUUGGCAUCAUGGUCAUAAAAAGGCAGAGGAAACUGACAAGAAUUGAGGAGGAUGGGGAGAGAGAGCACUGUCCUGUGUGUGAACUCUAAAGUUCUAAACAGCUCGGAGCCCAGCUGGCACCAACAGGGAAGAGCUGGCGUGAGGGUCUGGCCUCUGCCCUCCCAGUAGAGGAGGGCCUCCUGCCUGGGACUUUGACCCAAAGGGAGGCAACCUGUCCAAGAGGAAGACUAGGAGGAUCUAGGCUCUAGGGGAAAGGGGCUUAUUGAAAAGGAAAGAAAGUUGCUGAACUCAGCCAAAAGGAGAUGGCUUGCUAAGCUUUGUGAAAGAAAAGAUGUGCCUGGUGUGUAUGAUGUGACUUGGGUGUGAACACACUGUUUUAGGAGGAGAUGAGGCAUAUAUAAGCGGUGGGGAUGCGUGUAAUUUAACAGCUGUAAUCUCACCGGGGGAGUGGGGAAGAGAUUCUGUAACCAUUAGAAUUACCGUGGAUUUGUAAUCAAAAUGGUUCUAUGAUUUGUUUUUGACUAUUCACAGAUAAUUGUAAAUUCUGGUUUUAUAAGCCCAAGUCAUUUUACAUUUGCUUUUCCAAAAUUUAUUAAAUUGGACUUUUUUAAUCCUUUGUAUACAAAAAAAAAUAU